GUGAAAGACAUCAAAGUUGAGGUUAAAGAGAAAGAAGAGAUGUUGGUGAGUGGAGAUCAGCAGUCUAUGGAGGAGGGUUGUCCUCUGCAUUCCCAGAAUUCUACACGGGAAGAUGCCAACUAUACAGAUAAUAAUCAGGAUGAAGAAGUGAAAGACAUCAAAGCUGAGAUUAAAGAGGAAGAAGAAGAGACGUUGGUGACCAGACAUCAGCAGUCUAUGGAGGAGGGUUGUCCUCUGUAUUCCCAGGAUUCUACACGGGAAGAUCAGAACUAUACAGAGAAUGAUCAGAAUGAAGAACGGAAAGACAUCAAAGCUGAGAUUAAAGAGGAAGAAGAAGAGAUGUCGAUGAGUGGAGCUCAGCAAUCUAUGGGAGGGGGAGGUCCUCUGUAUUCCCGGGAUUCCACACAGGAAGGUCACACCAUCCCCCACCAUCAUCAGGAUGAAGAAGUGAAAGACAUCAAAGCUGAGAUUAAAGAGGAAGAAGAAGAGACGUUGGUGACCAGACAUCAGCAGUCUAUGGAGGAGGGUUGUCCUCUGUAUUCCCAGGAUUCUACACGGGAAGAUCAGAACUAUACAGAGAAUGAUCAGAAUGAAGAACGGAAAGACAUCAAAGUUGAGGAUAAAGAGGAAGAAGAAGAGAGGUUGGUGAGUGGAGAUCAGCAGUCUAUGGAGGAGGGGGAGAUGAUUAUGGAAAGUAAACAGGAGGAAUCUUCUCUACAUAAGGACACAACAGACGGACGGUGUUUCUGGAAUAUAAAUCCAUCGGAGGGACAUCUUAUUAUAUCUCCAGAUUGUAAGGCAGAAGAUACCGACAUUCCACAAUAUUCUCCCAAAGUCACCUCUGAUUGGUUGGUUAGAUCAUCAGAUCCUUCCAAUCCUGAGGAACCUUCUGAGGAAUCCCACACUAUGACUUCAGAUGUCCUUCCAAGUUCUCACAGUGCUGACAGAUCACCAGAUCCAUCCAAUCCCCAGACAUCUUCUUCAAGCCAUAAGAGGGUUCACACAGGAGAGCGUUCAUUGUCAUGUUCAGAGUGCGGGAAAUCUUUCACUAAAAACAAACACCUUCGUAGGCACCAGAAAAUUCACACUGGUGAGCGUCCCUAUCCAUGUUCAGAGUGCGGGAAAUCUUUCUCUCGGGCAUCACACCUUGUACGACACAAGCGCGUCCACACAGGUGUGCAUCUUAAUUCAUGUUCAGAGUGUGGGAAAUGUUUUCGUGAUAAAGGACAACUUAUUGUACACCAGAAAAAUCACACAGGUGAGCGUCCUUAUUCAUGUUCAGAGUGCUGGAAAAGUUUUUCUCACAAAAAAGGCCUUGUUGAACACCAGAGAAUUCACACAGGUGAGCGCCCUUAUUUGUGUUCAGAGUGCGGGAAAUCUUUCUCAUCGGCAGCACAGCUUGCACGACACAAGCACGUCCACACAGGUGUGCAUCUUAAUUCAUGUUCAGAGUGUGGGAAAUGUUUUCGUGAUAAAGGACGACUUAUUGUACACCAGAGAAUUCACACAGGUGAGCGUCCUUAUUCAUGUUCAGAGUGCGGGAAAAGUUUUAAUGAGAAAAGACAACUUGAUGUACACCAGAGAAAUCACACAGGUGAGCGUCCAUUUUCAUGUGCAGAGUGCGGGAAAAAUUACUUUCGCCAAAAUGAACUUGUUGAACACCAAAGAAUUCACACAGGUGAGCGCCCUUAUUCGUGUUCAGAGUGCGGGAAAUCUUUCACCAGUCAAGGAAAACUUUUGAGACACCAGAGAAUUCACACAGGAGAGCGCCCUUAUUCGUGUUCAGAGUGCGGGAAAUCUUACACCACAAAAGAAGCACUUAAUAAACACCAGAAACUUCACACAGGAGAGCGCCCUUAUUCAUUUUCAGAGUGAGGGAAACCUUUUAAUGCAAAGAAUGACCUUUGUAGAUGUCCUAGAAUUCACACUAGUCAGCGUUCUCAUUUAUGUUCAGAGUGUGGGAAAUGUUUCAAUUGGAAAAUAAACAACUUGUUGAACACCAGAAAAA